AUGGCAGCUAAGAAGUCUGAUGUUAUGAGAAAGAUUAAGAUUGACAAACUUGUCCUUAACAUUUCAGUUGGUGAAUACACUGUCCGUGCUUUCUCUAUUAGAAGAAAUGAUCAAAUUGCAUGCCAUGUUACAGUUAGAGGAGCUAAAGCUGCUGAAAUUCUUGAAAAAGGAUUGAAAGUUAAGGAAUUUGAACUUAAAGCCAACAAUUUCUCAGCCACUGGUAAUUUUGGAUUUGGUAUUGAAGAACAAUAUUGA